AUGAAGUCAGCCCUGCUGAGCAUCGUCCUGGCACUGCUCUGGGUGUCCUUGGCUCAGGCCGAGGUCCUGGUGCAGCCUAACUUUGAUGCCAAAAAGUUCUCAGGCCUCUGGUACGUGGUCUCCAUGGUGUCCGACUGCAAGGUCUUCCAGGAGAAGAGAGACCAUCUGUUGAUGUUCACCAGUGCGGUCCAGGCCACCACAGAGGGCGACCUCAGCGUCCACUUGGAGUUCCCACAGGCGGAUGGCUGUAACCAGGUGGAUGCCCAGUACCUGAAGGUGGGCUCGGAGGGGCACUUCAGAGUCCCAGCCUUGGGCUACCUGGACGUGCGCGUUGUGGACACGGACUACAGCUCCUUCGCCGUGGUCUACAUCUACAAGGAGCUGGAGGGGGCCCUCAGCACCAUGGUGCAGCUCUAUAGCCGGACCCAGGAUGCGAGCCCCCAGGCCGUGAGGGCCUUCCAGGACUUCUACCCGACUGUGGGGCUCCCUGAAGACAUGGUGGUCAUGCUGCCCAAAUCAGACGCGUGCUCCUCCGAGGGCAAGGAGGCACCCUGACGCCUCUGGAGUCCCGGCCGGGCCCUGCCCAGGGUGACCUCGGAGCAGCAGGCCUUGCCACCCCAGGAGUCGAGACCCA